UCCAUAUUAAGGUACUUGAAAAGAGUUGGGAAUCUUUAUUUACACCUUUAAUAAGUUCUAGCUUAGCUUAUUAUUUUUAUUAUUAUUAUUAUUUAUUUAUUUUAGCUUCAGGGCUAUAGAAUUAAAUAGAAAAUAAAAAAGGUAUUAAAAAAGUGGAUUGAAUAGGAUCAUGGUCUUCCAGAGAAUGACAACUGAGAUGUCCUUUUCCUUCUGUCCAUGAUCAAAUCAGUGUCUUUAAAAGACAAUUUCCCUACAAACUUUCUCAACUCACUUCAUUCAAAACUAGAAAGAAAAAGAAAAGACCUUUUCUCUUCUUUGAUCAUUCUUUCUACUCUCUUCUUCUUCUUCUUCUUCUUCUUUUUCUGGCUACAAUGUCAAGUACCACCACAAAAACCUUAGAUAAACCCUUGAAAGCAGGGUAUGAAAACAAUGGUCAUUAUCAUCAUCAGCAAAUGGGAUUUGCCAUACUUCAAAGGAACACAUCUCCAACUCAACCUGGUGAGAGAAGAGGAAGGAGAAAACAAGCUGAGCCAGGAAGAUUUCUUGGUGUGAGGAGAAGACCUUGGGGAAGAUAUGCUGCUGAGAUUAGAGACCCAACUACUAAAGAAAGGCAUUGGCUUGGAACUUUUGACACUGCUCAAGAAGCUGCUCUUGCUUAUGACAGAGCUGCUCUGUCCAUGAAAGGCACACAAGCCAGAACAAACUUUAUUUACACUACUAAUACCACUACUCAUGAUCAUCACAACACUAGUUUCCACUCUCUUCAUCAUCAUCAUCAUCUUAAUAACACUACUACUCCCUUUGAUACUAACAACAAUAGUACUACUAUUUUGCCACUACCUUCUCAUGAGCUCAUUUGCAGCACUACUAGUAAAAACCCCACCAAUCAGAAUAGUACUACUCCACCUCAGAUUGUUAUGACAUGUCAUCAUCCAACCAUCCUUAACCAAUCAUUAAAUACUAUUAAUGACAUGUCAUCACCACCAAAUGAUGAUAAUAACAACAACAACAACAACUUCUUUUUCUGUAAUGAUGAUUCUGAUUAUAACUCUGGUUACUUGGGUUGCAUAGUCCCUGAUAACUGCUUAAGACCUCCUCCUACUCCUUCUCCUUCUGAUCAUAACCCCAAAAGAACUAAAUCACAUUGGGACAUGAUGAUGAAUGGUAGUAGUGAAGUAGCAACAUUGGGUUCAAACCAAGCUAGAGAUCAGCUUAUUAUGCCUUGUUUGGAUGAUUUCAAUCUUGGGUUUUGGGAUAAUAACAAUAAUAACAACCUCAUUCAGCAUCAGCAUCAACAACCAUGGGAGCUGAACUCUGGAGAUCUCUCUGCCAUGAUCAGUACUACUAGUAGCUCAAAUAAUAAUAAUAACAAUAUCCCUUUGAGUAGUACUGAUCAAGGAGCUUUUUAUCCACUCAUUGACAACUCUAUGUAUGGUUUCAUGUCUGGACCUACUUAUUCUUCUUGCUCUCCUUCACUUCCUCCUCUUGGUGAUGUAGUUGACUUGGGUCAUUCUCUCUUUUGACUAUAUAUUAAUGUCAACUCUAUCUUUUGUUGUUAGUGCAUCUGUAUUUAUAUAUAUAGGUGCACCAAUAUAUAUAUACUCAUGGUUCCAUAUAUUUCAUAUAUAUAUAUAUAUAUCCAUGCACUUAAGUUUGAGUUUUCUUUCUACUCUCUUUACUAGUUUCUCUGUAAUUAUUAAUGGUGAUCAUCACCAUCCAAAGUCUAACAAUUAAGAAAAAGAUUAUUGGAAAUGGUGUCUCUAUGGUUUUAACAAGAUUUUAAUGCAAGCCUUCUAUAUUUUU